GGUCAGCCUUUUAUUAGUCGUUUUUGCUUCUGCCAUCAUCACAUCAUUCCCCCGCCAUUGCUAUAUCCUCCGAGCAUAACUGUUCAUCAUGUCCUACGAUCAGUACAACCAGAACCCUUACCAGCAGGGACCGGCUCAGGAAAGCUCCCAUGGUUACAGCCAGACCAAUCCAUAUGCGCAAGAUGCGCCAGCCCAUGGCAACAAUCAAUAUGAGAUGCAAGAUUACUCGCAACAAGCUCCUGCUGCUGGCUCGAGUCUUUCACAACAGGAAUUCCUGAACCGCGUGCAGAGGCUUCGCGAUGAGAUUAAGGGUCUGACCACCGACAUCGAUCACAUUGGUGUGCUCCAUUCGCGAACUCUCGGCAGCACUGAUGGGUCCGCAAACCACGAGCUCGAGCAGUAUGUCUCUCAGACUCAGAUUCGCAACACUGCCAUCAAGGAUGGGAUCAAGGGACUAGAGCGCGACCUUGCAAAGACCAAUGACAGCUCUCGCACCACUAAGAACACCCAGUUGCAAUCUCUCAGGACCUUCUUCAAGUCCGAGCUCGAUAAGUACCAGAGCGUCGAGCGCGAUUAUCAGCAACGAUACCGUGAUCAGAUUGCUCGUCAGUACCGUAUCGUCAACCCCGAUGCAUCCGAGGAAGAGGUUCAAGAAGCCGCCAAUGCCGAUUGGGGUAACGAGGGUGUCUUCCAAACUGCUCUGCGAACGAACCGCACCGGACAUGCCAGCUCUGUGCUUGGUAACGUUCGCGCCCGUCACAGCGAGCUCCAGCGCAUCGAGCAGACUCUAUCCGAGCUUGCCAUCCUCUACCAGGAGCUUGCCACUAUUGUUGAGCAGCAGGAGCCCGUUGUUCAGGCCGCUGAAACAAAUGCGAUGAACACUAACGAGCACAUGAUUAAAGGUAACGAGCAAGUUGAAGUUGCCAAGAAGCACGCCCAGAACCGUCGCAAGCUCAAGUGGUGGUGCGCCCUCGUCGUCCUACUUAUUAUCAUCGCCAUUGCUGUCGGCGUUGGUGUCGGUGUCAGUGUAGCCAACAACAACAAGUAGAAGACCAGGCCGUUGUCUUCGACGCUUCUCAUUUUUUUUUUCGAGCUACGAUCCCGAUGUUAUGCUUGUUACGUGUUUUUGAUCAUAGAUAUCUCGACGACGUUUGGGCCUUGUUUUCUCUUUUCGCUCGCAAAAUCAGCGUAUACGACAUCUCUUUUUGCCGUAUACCGCAUCCCGUACUUAAUUUCUAUUCUCUCCUCGAAGCGCCCAAGCGCUGAGGCUCUCAUUCUGGCAGGCGCGUGGAGGAAACGGUUGGGGCUUUGGCCACCAGACCCGUGUGUUGUUAAUGGGGUUUUAUAGCUGUUUCUCGGGGUGGUUAUUAUCUUGGUCAUUUUUUGGCCUAGGUGUGUUUACUUAUCUUUACUUGUCUUGUAGGGUCAACUACCUACCAACUCUGCGCAAUGCAGUAAGAGGCAGGCGAACCCAUGGGAGGAGCAUUGUAUGUAUUUAUGUGGAAACAUGAUCCAGAAAAGGUUCUGGGAUACAUGAAUAAGUGAAGAGAUUCUACAA